AUGGAAGAGAACAGCGAAGUUAUCAACGGAUCCCAAGUGUUGUGGUGUUUUGGAGUACCUACCAACCUCUUAGUGGAAGAUCCGACGAAUUCAAUCAUCCUGAUAGUUUUUAACACUUUGACUUCAGUUACUGCUUUACUAGGUAAUUUUAUGGUGCUUAUAACACUUUGGCGUACUCCAAGUUUACAUUCGCCCUCAAACACUCUGCUGUGCGGUCUCGCACUGUCUGAUCUUUGCAUUGGGUUUUUAUCUGGGCCAAUAAAUGCUGGAUUCAAUAUUAUGCGUUUAAGGAACUCGGUCCACCUAAAAUCGUGCGCGCUGAUGCACACAAUAAUUUUAUUUACUACAUAUUUAACACCAAUUACUCUCUGUACUCUGACAGCAAUGAGCAUUGAUCGCUAUUUAGCGUUACACUUGCAUCUUCGGUAUGAGCAAGUUGUCACAGAGAGAAAAACAACUGGACUCCUCAUAUUGGUGUGGUUCUUUAGUGGCCUAUAUCCACUGAUAUCAAGUCUUGACGAGAAACCUGUGACCAGUUCAUUAAUUGCAUCCACAAUAGCGAUUUGCCUUCUUGCAGUUUCCUUUACCUGGGUAAAGAUCUACCAAGUUGUGCGACGUCAUCAGGCGCAGAUUCAGGAUCAGAUGAAUGCACAGGCACAACAAUUUAACAUGGCCAAGUUCAAGAAAUCUGCUGUGAAUGCCUUGUUUAUCUUGCUCCUUCACCUCGUCUGUUUCCUUCCUCUUCUCGUUGCCAAAAUUGCUCUGGCUGUUCGAGUAAAUCUUUUAAAUGUUCGUAUACUUAAUUUCACUUAUAUUCUAGUUUUUCUAAAUUCAUCAUUGAAUCCACUGGUUUACUGCUGGCGUCAACGUGAUCUUCGUGCUGCAGUUAAAGAAACUGUUAAGAAGUUAUGUUGUUGCAGGAAACGCUAG